AUGUUUUCGCGGCCAGAGAGAUCAGAGAAGGCCGUCGUCGCUCCCCGGAGCUCGAGCGAGGACGGCGGCUGUGCCCGGGAACCGGCUGUCGACGUUGAGUACGACUCCGACCUCCAUGUCGAGUGCCCGCCGCACACCACCGAGCGGCGCCUGGUCAGCAGAAUCGACUUCCGCGUGAUCCCGUACCUGUGUGUUCUGUACUUGCUGGCUUUUCUCGACCGCGUCAACAUCGCCAACGCCAACGUCUUCGGGCUGAGCGAGGAUUUGGACAUCGCUUCUAAAGACAGCAUGAAGUACAAUACCGCUUUGGUCAUCUUUUUCGUCCCGUACAUACUCGCCGAGAUUCCAUCUAACGUCCUCAUGAAGAAGGUCUCGCCGAGAGUGUGGUUGUCUGGCUGUAUGUUCUUCUUUGGACUUACUACAACCAUGCAAGGGUUGGUCCAGAACUAUUCCGGAUUGCUGGCAACAAGAUUCUUCCUCGGCCUGUUCGAGAGCGGCAUGUUUCCCGGUUGUUUCUAUUUGAUAGGAAUGUGGUAUCGACGUCAUGAAGCUCAGCGUCGCUACAGCUUCUUCUUUAGCAGCACGACCCUUGCCGGAGCUUUCGGUGGUCUCCUCGCGUCUGCAAUCGGAAAGAUGGAUGGGAUUCGGGGAUAUCGAGGGUGGAGAUGGAUCUUCAUCCUUGAGGGUCUUCUCACAGUCGUGGUUUCUUUAAUCUUCUUCUUCCUCUUGCCCAACUUCCCGGAGGACGCGAAGUGGCUCAGUGAGGAUGAGAAGAAAUACGUGAAAGCCCGCCUGCAGGCUGACCAGGGCCGUUCGGCUGCCGAACGCCAGAUAACCAUCCAAGACGUCGGCCGUGUCUUUAAGGAUCCUAAGCUUUGGGUCGGCGGAUUCAUGUACUUCGGCCUGAUCGUCCCUGCGUACGGCUAUGCAUACUUCUCUCCAGCUAUCCUCAAGACGUAUGGCUACUCGGCAAUCCAGACGCAGCUGCACAGCGUACCACCGUGGGCAGCGGCAUUCGGGUUUGCCAUGAUAAUUGCCUGGCUUUCGGACAAAUUCCGCCACCGCUUCCUCUUCACCCUCAUCCCAAUCGCCGUUGCGAUAGCUGGUUUCGGGAUCAUGAUCUCGGUACACGACAACCUGAACGUGCAGUACGCUGGCCUCUUCCUUAUCGCCAUGGGCUGCUACUCGGCAAUGCCCGUGAUUGUCUGCUGGUACAACAUGAAUCUAGGAGGCCACCACCGCCGUUCCGUUGGUUCGGCAUGGCAGGUUGGGUUUGGUAACAUCGGAGGCGUCAUAGCCGUCUUCGCUUUUUUGUCGCGAGACGCGCCUCGUUACACUCCUGGCUAUAGCAUCUGUAUAGCGUUCAUCUGCCUGAGCGCGCUGAGCUGCGUCGUCUACUGGGUUCUCUGCUCUUGGUCGAACAAGAGGAGAGACAAGACACCGACGGACCUUGGACUUACGGAGUAUGAGAAGACUGAGAUGGGGGACUUGAGCCCUGACUAUAGGUAUCUCCUGUAG